AUUUUAGCACUUUUCACAUAAAUAUUGCUUACUUUCUUCCUCUCCAAACAGCCAUCACUAACCACCAGCUUUGUUUCUUCUGCUUCUUUUGUUUUCAAAUUUUAAUGGUUUUUGGUUUACUCUUUUGUGGUGCAAAUACAGAGAAAACAAGAAAAGAUUAAUCACUUCUUGAUUUUCACUGUAGGCCCAAAGUGUUUCAGUUUCUGACUUUAAAGACUUGAUUUUUAUUGCUUUUUCAACCUUUUCUUUUCCCUUUUCAGUACAAUUCUUUAGCAUAAUUACUCCACCAUUGAAAUCCCACUUGUUGUACAUUUCGAUAACUUAAGGAUUUGUGUGGGAACAGCAAUUAAGUAGCUUGAGUUUUGGUUGGUAAAUACAUGCCAAGUUGUGCAUGUCACUAUCUUUAUAUGAUUUUUAGCUCAAUAGGGUGCUUAGUCAUUAACAUUAUCCUUGUGAAAAAAUGGAUUUUUAGCCAUGGUUUUAUGAAAUCAGGUAGUUAAGAAAUUGGACCAAAAUAGAUUUGGUCCUGAGAUUUAAGAUCCUAUUUGGGAUCAAGGUUCAAGAUUUCUGUUUUCUUGGUUUAUUCUAAUUUGGUGUUGUUUUUGGUGUAUUGUUGGAGCUGAGUUUCUUUUAUUGUCAUUUUGGAGUUAAAAGUUAAGAGUCUUGAAAAUGGCUAUGGGACACCAAGACCAAGAUGGAGUUCCAAACAACUUGAGAAAGCAACUUGCUCUUGCUGUUAGAGGUAUUCAAUGGAGCUAUGCAAUCUUCUGGUCAACUCCAGUUACACAGCCAGGGGUGUUGGAAUGGAGUGAUGGGUACUAUAAUGGGGAUAUCAAGACUAGGAAGACAGUUCAGGUGGGGGAAGUUAAUGAAGACCAACUUGGGUUGCACAGAACUGAGCAAUUGCGAGAACUUUAUAGUUCACUCUUAACAGGUGAAGGUGAAGAAGACUUACAACCUCAGGCUAAAAGGCCCUCAGCUGCAUUAUCUCCUGAAGAUCUCACUGAUACGGAGUGGUAUUUCUUAGUAUGCAUGUCUUUCGUCUUCAAUGUUGGACAAGGGUUGCCAGGGAAGACCUCAGCGACGAAUCAAACAAUCUGGCUAUGCAAUGCUCACCAAGCAGAGAGUAGAGUAUUUUCUCGCUCUCUGCUAGCAAAGGCAAGUAUAGUUUAUAUAUCAGCGUUAACUGCACUGCCAGUCUAAGACGAUAUCCUUAAGGGUGUGCAUUUCCUCGAUUCUGGGUUUUUUUAGUGUUUUGUUUGUUUCUUGGUUUGUAGAUUGGCAAACUAAUCACUGAAUUGGAAUAGGUCCUUUUGGAUCAUUUUGGUUUGUGUCUUUAAACUUAGAAAAGAAAACGAACCUCAAAAACUUAGAACUUGAUAAAUGAAAACUGAAACCAGCCGAAAUACCCAAAAAAUCUAACCAAAAGAUCUGAUAAUUCUGUUUGGUCAGUUGUUUUAGUUAAACCCAGAUAAUGCACACCCUUAGAUAUCAAUUCAACUGAAAAAUCUGAAUCUCUUUCUUUUUGGUUUUUCCAUGUUACUAAUCAAAUCCUCUUCGUCUCAUCAGAGUGCAUCUAUCCAGGUAUUAAUUCUCUCCCUCCC